AUGUUUCUUAUUCAGGUUAAUAAUUCUGUUCCUUGUACAUACUUUUGUGUGAUUGGUUGGGGACCUGCAGGAUACUCUGGUAUUCAACAGACAGAGACAUCUAGGGUUGCAAUAUUCUCAAUGUGGAACGAGGGUGAGAACCUGGUCGAGCUGGUAAGGGCCGGGGAGGGGGCCCUGGUGUCCGGGUUCGGAGGGGAGGGGGAGGGGUUAAAGUGUAUGAAGGAGUUCAACUGGGUGGAGGAGAACCCCGUCCUGUUCAGGGUUCAAGCUGAACAGAAGGAUGAAUAUUGGGAGUGCAGCUGUUAUUAUAUUUAUGAAGGAAAAGAAUAUUUUCUCGCUACUUACAGAAGAAAGGGAUCCAGGCCACUAAGCAAAGGUGGUUUCUACAGUUUCGUAGAAGACUGGAAAAGGUGUGGCGCUGCAGUCGGGCACAACAGCUGCAGGAAAGCUGAGUUCUCUAAUCAGAAGGUUUGGAUGGACGGUAAACAGAUUAAUCUAAACACAGCCAAGUUUAGCAAGGUAGAGAAUGGUCUGGAUAAGUUUGCUUGUGAGAAAGCAGUGGCAGGAACUUGUGGAGAAGGAUUUUUCUUGUCUACUGGAGGAAAUCAUGCGUCCAUUGAAUCCUGUUCUAAUGGAACCAUCUUCAAUAAACAAGAUAAAUAGAGAUCAAAACAAGAUUUUAAAGUGACGUAAAGCUGACGACGACGUAUGGCCGACGUCAGGCUGAAAUGCCUUGGUUUGAAAGGAAUCGUGAUAGCAUACCUCAGCUAGGCCAGGACAAUCCUUCACUUCUUGAUUUGAUUUGAUCCCUUUCUGAUCCCUUUUUGAUCCAUUUUUGAUCCCUGUGAUCCCUGUUUGAUCCUUUUUUGAUCACUGUUUGAUUCCUGUUUGAUUCCUGUUUGAUCCCUGUUUGAUCCCUUUUUGAUCCCUGUUUGAACCCUGUUUGAUCCCUGUUUGAUCCCUAUUUGAUCCCAUUUUGAUCCAUUUUUUCCCUGUGAUCCCUGUUUGAUCCUUGUUUGAUCCCUUUCUGAUCCCUAUUUGAUCUAUUUUUGAUCCCUGUGAUCCCUGUUUGAUCCCUAUUUGAUCCCUUUUUGAUCCCUUUUUGAUCCCUGUGAUCCCUGUUUAAUCCCUGUUUGAUCCCUGUUUGAUCCCUUUUUUAUCCCUUUUUAUCCCUUUUUGAUCCCUUUUUGAUCCCUGUUUGAUCCCUUUUUGAUCCCUGUUUGAUCCCUGUUUGAUCCCUUUUUAUCCCUUUUUUAUCCCUUUUUGAUCCCAUUUUGAUCCAUUUUUUAUCCCUUUUUGAUGCUCAAUCCAUAAAGCGAUUAGAGCCCUUGACUACUAAUCAAGUUUAAGUACUGGUUCAAGUUUACAGUGGUGUGUAGGUCAAGAGGUUUUGUUUCAGCUGUUGCUGUUGCUAAGCUACUGUUUUACCUUCAAAAAGUCCAACUUCCGAAAUUUUACAUUAAUGGUUAAAUGCAACUUUAAACUGGGGUUUUCGUUGUUAAAUUACCAUUUUAAGAUAGAUUACAACCUUUCUUUAAUUUAUUCAGUUAAAGGUCGUUAUUAAAGGCUUAUUCUUUGAGAGAACCCCUGUACUUAUCAGAAGUAGUUUAAACAACCAUACCUAGUUUAACUGUUAAACUUGUCAUUCAUAAAUUUCCAUCUCAUUUGAGAAUUUUUUUACUUUUUCAUAAAAAGAUAAUCACCUUGAAAACAAUGCAUUUAAGUUUUGCACUUUGUAUAUGUAUAAGUUUAUUUGGUUUUGGGUUUGAAUGUUAUUCUAUUGUGAUGUAUUUAAUAUAUGUUUGUAACCUUUUUUCCUAAAUUUAUUAAUAUAUUUUUAUGCUUGUCUUUAUAGAAUAUCACAUAAUUUUAGCUUCAUACGAAAAACAUUAAUAUUCUCCUUAAAAGUUUUUUUAAUAUUGUUUUUUUUAACAUAAGCAGCUAUUUUGAAAUGUGAUAAUAUUUGUGAUAAAAUAUCUACACUUUGUAAUAAUGCAUUAAUAAAUAUUAAAUAAUUUUAGCUUUAAGCGAAAACAAUAAAAUUCUCCUUAAAAAAAAUUUUUAUAUUUUUUUCUUACAAAAGCAGUUUUUUUUGAAAUUCAAUACCUCUGUAUGAAAAUGUGAUAAUGUUUGUGAUAAAAAUUCUACACUUUGUAAUAAUGCAUUUGUAAGGUUGAAGGAACAGAAUUAGUUUAGAUCAUUAACAGUUGAAUGAGUUUCCAACCCAUGUUAACAGUUCAUCAUUUGUUUUAUUUAAAAGUUUCCAACCCAUGUUAACAGAUUAUCAUUUGUUUAAUUAAAAGUUACCAACCCAUGUUAACAGAUUAUCAUUUGUUUUAUUUAAAAGUCACCAACCCAUGUUAACAGUUUAUCAUUUGUAUUAUUUAAAAGUUACCAACCUAUGUUAACAGAUUAUCAUUUGUUUAAUUAAAAGUUACCAACCCAUG